AUGCUUCUAAUUCCGUGCUUCAGCUUCAGUUCCGUCUCUGCCUGCUACUCGCCAACCCCCUUCUACGGUAGUCAGCAUCCGAAACCUCAACCCGCCAGCUCGAAUCUCAGCCCACACGGCCCCCAAGACCCCCGCCCCCUCGAUCUUGACAAGGGCCACACAUCCACCGCCAAGGAGUAA